GUGCAAACAGUUAGUAUUGACCAAGCAGGCCAAGCAACGGGAGACAAAUAGAGGAUGGCUUUAGAUAACUACAGCGAACACAUUAGACCGGAAUUGGUCUCGUUUGACGAUAUAGAUUAUGAUAACUUUCCUCAAGUAGAUGCUGCUAGAAAAUCAUUUACUAGAGAACAAUGGAUAAGGUCAUAUGAAUUAACGGUUACUCAUGAAGCAUUAAGAAAAUGUAAACAAUAUCAUCAACAUGAUGCUCAACAAAAUUGUCGACCAUUAAUUUUAAAGUAUAUGAAGAUGCUUGAAACUUAUCCACUACAAGGAUACUUGGGAUACCAAAAGAAUGAUCCAUCCAAGUAGAGAAUGGAUCCUGUAGCAUAGACGACCAGUGGUCUCAUCCAUAGCAUAAAUAUUACUUUCUAUAUAUUAUUAUUAUUAUUAUUAUCAUUAUUAUUAUCAUUAUUUUAU